GUCCGUUUCUGUGCUGACGGCACCUUUGUCUGCUCAGUUCCAGGAGUUUUAGGCUUAGCGUGUGUCUUUAAAAGUAGGUAAUUCUAUAUGUUACCAUCUACACUUUCUAGCAUGUCCAUAAAGUGCAUACUGCCUACCAGAAGCGCCUGGGCUUUUUGUUACUGUUUCAAUGUAGCCCCGAGGACCCUAAAACCAUAUGGGAGUAGAAACUACUGGAUCUGAACACGUUAGUGAAGAAACUGGCGGCAAAUAUCAAUUGGGACAUGCUGGUUGAAGCAUUCUUUGCGGUUAUGUUGAGUUUGCAGGGAUAGAGAAAGAAAGAUGCUUAGCUUUGAUACAUGAAACCGAGAGAACGAGACUGAAUUCACUAUAACUUCCCAGCUUACAUAUACCAAGCUCCAGUGUUGAAGGUCAUCCUUGCGUCACUUGCAGACUCGCUUUGCUUGGGAACAGAUUCUUGAGAAGCCGCCCGCUCCUUGAUUAUACAGAUUACAACUUUCAUCACAGAUAUAACAGUACCCGUUCAGGUGCUGCUAGUAGGCACGAACAGGUUGAGAAAAGGAGGUACAGCACCUCUAUUCUACAUCCGGUCGUUCGAGACCGCACAGAAUUGUAGCACGGCCAAUCGUUCGAAAUCUCAUGGCAACAUGAGAUCCGAGCCAGAUGCUACGUCAAGCCCCCGGCGUAGUGUGGUGAAUGAAUCAAGUAAUUUGUCCAGCGGCCCGAAGAUAGUCUCCACUGCAAACCCAGACGCCCGGUUCCUUGCGCGCUGCGUCCAGAGUUUCGGGCCUCCUCGCUUAGAAACAUCAGCUCACUUUUCUUCAACAAUUCCCAAUACCUCAUUUUAAC